AUGGCAAGUCAACUCUCAUUCACAAAUCGCAAGAAGAAACACCGUACUAACAACACACCGCAGAAGUUCCAACAACCCCUCCUCCUGCUGCUGCAAGCAGCAACGGCCCUCGGAGCCGCCACGCCUGCUCACUUCUCAAGCACGCCCGGAGCAGACUACGCAGCCGCCAAAGCCGACCACGAAAUCGAAGCCGAAACCACCACCACCGCCGCCAACGCGAAAACGAAAGCGAACCGCGGCAUGAUCGUCCCGAACCCGAACCCGAACCCCCCCGGCGGCGGCGGCGGCGGCGGCGGCGGUGGUCCCUCCGUCCUCUGGACCUGCGGCCGCUUCGGCGACUCGUCGCACCAGAGACUGCGCGAGAUGCACGCCGUCUUCAACAGGCUCUUCGGCGACGCCCGCCUCACGGGCACGCCGAACCAGUGCUACGUCGCCCGGUGCGCCGGGUACCACUUCUCGUGGUGCAACAUGACGGUCCGGACGGCGACCGAGGACGCCAACGCGAGGAACCUCGUCGUCGGCAAGGACCCCGGCGUCGGCACCUCGUGCAUGGCCGCCGCCAAGGGGGACGGGUUCGACGAGUACAAGAUGUACUUCUGGGGAAAGGACGGGAGCGUUGCGCCGCCUGAUUAUCGUGGUGGGCAGGUGAUUAGGUCUUGUUAG